CAGCCCAGGCUCUUCACUGGAUUUGUCACUCCCCCUUCUCUCUGUUGCACUCUCUCUCUCUCUCUUUCGCUCUGUGUGUCCUCCUCCUCCUCCUUUUCUUUGGUAUACCCUACAGUGGAAUGAAAGGAAUAACGGUGAGGAAGACUGGAGGGACUGCAAGCAAUUGAGGAAUGCAAUAGCUAGCUAAGCAUCACAUCCUCUGGAUUUACCUCACUGCCAAGCCCAUGAAGGAUUUCUAGUUUUUGAUGCAAUUCAUUCUCCUGCUCCCAAGACCUCUUGUAUUAAUGCACACGAGCGGACUGAACGUGUGUCCGAGGCUUCUAAAGACAAAUCUUGGUCAUCUGGCUGUCUGGGAGGCAGCGACGGCCGACUGACUGCAUUGUGUUGCUUUGAUGACCCCUGCUGUGUUGCUGCCUGUGCUCACAACCUCCCCUCUCUCUCUCACCCUCCCCCUUCUCUCUCCUCACUUUCCUCCUUCUCAUCCUCCUCCUUUCUCUCCAUCACAGCUCCUGAUCCAGCCAUGUUCGGCACAGAGUCUUCAUUAAGCAUGUUUCUCAACACCCUGACACCCAAGUUUUACGUGGCUUUGACUGGCACUUCCUCUCUCAUAUCAGGCCUCAUAUUGAUCUUUGAGUGGUGGUACUUCAGGAAGUAUGGAACAUCUUUCAUAGAGCAGGUGUCUGUGAGUCACCUGCGCCCCCUGCUGGGUGGAGUGGACAGCGGCACACCGAGUAACUCCAACAGCAGUAACGGGGAUGCUGAUUCCAAUCGACAAAGCGUUUCUGAAUGUAAAGUUUGGAGAAAUCCGCUGAAUUUAUUUCGAGGAGCUGAAUAUAAUCGGUAUACAUGGGUGACGGGUCGAGAGCCACUGACAUACUACGACAUGAAUCUGUCAGCACAAGACCACCAGACCUUCUUCACCUGCGAUUCGGACCACUUGCGCCCGGCCGACGCCAUUAUGCAGAAGGCCUGGAGAGAGCGGAACCCACAAGCUCGCAUCUCCGCUGCGCAUGAAGCUCUGGAACUAGAAGAUUGUGCUACGGCGUACAUUCUCCUAGCAGAAGAGGAGGCCACUACCAUCAUGGAGGCAGAGCGUUUAUUUAAACAAGCGCUCAAAGCUGGCGAGGGUUGUUACCGCAGAAGCCAGCAGCUCCAGCACCACGGUACACAAUACGAAGCCCAGCACAGACGGGACACCAACGUCUUGGUUUAUAUAAAGAGGAGACUGGCCAUGUGCUCCAGAAAGCUUGGUCGCACACGAGAAGCAGUGAAGAUGAUGAGAGAUUUAAUGAAGGAGUUCCCUCUCCUCAGUAUGUUCAACAUCCACGAGAACCUGCUGGAAUCUCUGCUGGAGCUCCAGAACUAUGCCGAUGUACAGGCAGUUCUAGCCAAAUAUGAUGAUAUUAGUUUACCCAAAUCUGCAACAAUAUGCUACACAGCAGCCUUGCUCAAAGCCAGGGCGGUAUCAGACAAAUUCUCUCCAGAGGCAGCUUCCCGGCGAGGGCUGAGCACAGCCGAGAUGAAUGCAGUAGAAGCAAUUCACAGAGCUGUGGAGUUCAACCCGCACGUCCCAAAAUAUCUGCUGGAGAUGAAGAGUCUGAUCCUUCCUCCAGAACACAUCCUGAAGAGAGGAGACAGCGAGGCCAUCGCCUACGCCUUUUUCCACCUGCAACACUGGAAGAGGGUGGAGGGGGCGCUCAACCUGCUGCAUUGCACCUGGGAGGGCACCUUCAGAAUGAUCCCAUAUCCUCUGGAGAAAGGUCACCUCUUCUACCCAUACCCCAUCUGCACAGAGACGGCAGACAGAGAGCUGUUACCCAUGUUCCAUGAGGUGUCGGUCUACCCCAAAAAGGAGCUGCCGUUCUUCAUCCUCUUCACAGCGGGACUCUGCUCCUUCACCGCCAUGUUGGCUCUGCUCACACACCAGUUUCCCGAGCUCAUGGGCGUGUUCGCGAAAGCAUUCCUCAGCACGCUGUUUGCUCCCCUCAACUUCCUGAUGGAGAAGGUGGAGAGCAUCCUGCCAUCCAGCCUCUGGCACCAGCUCACCCGUAUCUGACCCAUGACCCGGAAACAGGACCUGGACUUUGACCGCCACCCGAACAUUGGACAGCUUGAACUGAAAACCAGAGCGCUGCGACGGACUGGACAAUUGUUUGCGCGGAGAUGACAAACGCCGCCGGAGGCAGCUAACGACACGCGGACGUCACUCUUGGGUUUCACCUUAUUUGAUCUGUUUUGCCUUUUACAAGGUCUUCGAUAAUUUAAAAGCUGUUUUGUUGUUCAAAGUGGUGAUCUGUUGCCAUCAGUAAAAACAGACCAGAAAAUCCAAUAAAGGACUUUUUGUGUAACGCAGCACAGCGCCGUCCUCCUGCACUUUCCUUUCUCACAAUGGAGACUGAAGGUCGGUCCAACUUCCAGACCGGAUCCGAGUCAGAACCAUGAUCACACACACACACAACAAAAGAGAGAUCAAUGUUUUUAUGACAAGGUGCAUAGUUACAGAUGUCGUUCCUAACAUGGUUCGAGCUCCACUUGUUAGCGAGAGUUGAAGCUGCAUGGUUGGCUACAAGAAUCGGCUGCUUACUUGGUCGUCUACAGUGAAAGUACAAGUGCCUGUUACAUAACUAUAUGUUGACCCACUUCAUCAUAAACAUGUCAGUUGUCCAGUCGUUUAGAAAACGUUCCUCGUCAUCUUAAAUAAAAGCAGUCAAUGUGAAUGUGUUCUGUAUGCUACUUGUGCGAGGGGCGCCCCCUAGAGACCGGAAAGUUGAAGUACAAUACAAGCCAAACUGUAUAAACUCAAGUCCGGGCCGGU